UUCCUCAAAUUUCUCUCUCUCUAAAAAAGCAGGUGAACUGAUCUAUUGCUUGCAGCAGGCGGAGAAGAAUGACGGAUUGGGGACCGAUACUUGUAGCCACGGUUCUAUUCGUUCUGUUAACGCCGGGGCUUCUGUUUCAGCUUCCAGGUAGAAACAGAGUCGUGGAGUUCGGCAAUAUGCACACCGGCGGCGCCUCCAUCAUCGUUCAUACCGUCAUCUAUUUCGGUCUCAUCACCAUCUUCCUCGUCGCCGUCAGGAUCCAUAUCUACACAGGCUAGUUGUUCAUCUAUCUCUAUUUCACUUGAUUUCCCUCACUCUAUGUUUUAUUAGGGUUUAUGUAAUUUGGGGAUUUAUGCCAAUAUUUUGAUCUAUGUUAAAAUACCUUAUUAUGUUUCUUAUAUUUAUUA